AUGAGUUCAGUGAAGCGAAAGUGUUUUACAAUCGAGGAAAAAAGUGCUAUAUUACAUCGAUUGGAAGCCGGUGAAUCAAAUGCAACCCUCGCAAAGGAGUUUGGCGUAUCUCAUUCUACAAUAUCCACCAUAAAAAAGAAUAAAGAUAAGAUUGAGCCGCUAUUUAAUGCCAAUGUUUUGAAAUGCAAACGUAUAAGGACGUCUACUCAUGAGCAGGUGGAUAAGGCAUUGUUACAGUGGUUCAAACUUCAGCGCGACCGGGGAAUACCUAUUAAUGGACCCUUGCUACAAGAGAAAGCAAACUUUUUUGCUAGACAGUUAGACAUACAAAAUUUCACGUGUUCCAUGAGUUGGAUAAACCGUUUUAAAGUAAGACACAACAUCGUUGGUGGUAAGAUUGCUGGCGAAUGUUUGUCAGUUCACCAAAGUGAUGUAACCGAUUGGCUAGAAAAAGUUUGGCCUACCCUACGUGCACAAUUUACAGAUGAUGAAAUUUUUAAUGCAGAUGAGACCGGGCUGUUUUAUAAAUUAACCCCGGACAAGACGUUGAAAUUUAGAGGUGAAAAAUGUAAAGGAGGAAAAUUAUCAAAGGAGAGAAUAACUGUGAUGGUGGCAGCCAACAUGAGUGGUACAGUUAAAAAAAAGCUUCUCGUAAUAGGAAAAUCUCAACGCCCCAGAUGUUUUAAAAAUGUACGACAUUUGCCAGUGGAUUAUGAAAGCAAUCGAAGAGCCUGGAUGACUGCUGACAUUUUUACUAAAUGGGUUCGUGCUUGGGAUCGUGAACUUACAAAAAAGAAUAAGAAAAUCCUGCUAUUAGUUGACAACUGUCCUGCGCAUCCUCACAUAGCCGACUUAAAAAGCAUAACUCUGGUGUUUCUGCCUCCAAACACGACAUCAGUGUUGCAACCCAUGGAUCAAGGAAUUAUUCGAGCUUUGAAAACACAUUUUCGUAAAAACCUUGUCCUGAAAAUGAUCCAGCUUCUUGAUGGCUGCCGAAGCACUAGUUUUGAGUACCCAAAGAUUACUGUUCUUGAUGGUAUACUAAUGAUUCAAGAUGCCUGGACCCAACUCAAGCAAAUCACGAUUUUUAACUGUUACAAACACGCUGGUUUUGUACAAAGCAACGUAGAAUGUACCAUUACUUCUUCAAAUGCAGAUGAUUUUAACGAAGAAGACGACGUUCCGCUGAGUGUUUGGGCAAGGGCUAUUAAUGGGCAUCAGUUACCCAUAACAAAUGAGGACUUUGAACAAUAUGCGUUUGUCGAUGAUGCUGUCGCCACUUGUGAAGAACCGACUGAUGAAAACAUUGUGGAAAAUAUCAUCGCCACUGACUCGAAUACCAUAGAUAGCGACGGUGAUGAUGGCGAAUCAGAGGAGAUUCAUCCGACUGUGAGUGUGUCUGAGGCGUUGAAAGCAGCAGAAACACUCAGUGUAUUCGUUCAGACUAACCUUGAUGACGAUCUGAUGAAAACAAUGAUGUCACGAAUACAUAAUGCCGUAAGAAGUUCGUACUACCGAACAAAAGUUUGUCAAAAACAAACUCAAAUAACAGACUUUCUACGUAAUUAA